AUGCGCGUCUUUUCCCUCUUCUCGUUGCUCGCCACUGCUGCGUUUUGCUAUGGCCAGUCGGCUACCGUCGUCAUAGGAAACAUCCAACAACUCACAACGAUGUCCAGCAACCUGAACACGGUCGUGUCCAAUAUCAAUGUCGUCAAUGUGCUCAUCCAAGGUCCAAAAGUCGCCCAGGGCUUGAGUGCCAUUAGCAACCAGGUCUACCAGUAUAUCAACCAGAUGGAUAACCCACCUCCAGUCUACGGUGAUGUUGAUGCUGUCGCCGUCGUCGGCGUGCUCAAGACAUUCGUCAAGGUCCACCAGACUCUCCUCAACACGAUCAUCGGAAAGCAUGGCUUGCUCAGCCUGUUCUUCUUCACACAGCCCGUUAGGGUUGCGCUCGUUUCUCUCGAGGCUGCAGUCGACGCCCUCGCCCUCGGUCUCAUCGAUAUGAUUCCGACCCAAGCUCCAGAGGCGAAUGGCCAGUUUGCGUCUCUCAAGAUCACUAUCGACGCCGCGAUAACCGUCUACUCCUAG